AAAUGUUGUGAUAUUUGUUGUUGGUGAACUUUUAAAUUAGCUUUUAGUUAGAAUAAAUCAAGCUUGAUUUUUAUGAAUCUGCUUCCAAUAACCGCUGAUUUAGUCGCUUUUCUGCUUUUAUUCAUCAAAGUUUUAUAUAAACAUACUUAUUUAUCUCAUCUGCUUUAUAUAUUUUAUAGUUUUAUGAGCUCAGAUUGAAUCAACCAAGCCUUGCAGCUGUCAUGCAUCGCUCACUUUGUUUUUGUUUUUCUCUCUCCGGCACCAAAGUGCAUCAAAUCUGCUCGUCCGGAGAGCUGCGGCAUGUUUCAGUAGGACGGCCGCCCCUCUCCGGUGGGGUAGAAGGGACAUGGUGAAAUCAGUCGGCCCGACUCUGCUCACCCUGCUGUGGUUUGUGAGGGAAUGCGACGGCAUGCCGGACCCCGCUCGCAGGGACCUGCUGAUGCGCCAGGAGGUGUCCCGGCAGACGGGAGGCCUGCUGACGCUCACGGCCGCCGAGCGGAAGCUGGACGCUCACCUGCACGGGUUGAAGGAGCGGGAGAUGGCGGCCGCGCGGUUUCCUCCGGCCGUGCACUUCUUCAAGGCCAAGCCGCUCAUCGAGAAGAGCUCGAUCUACAAACUGCUGCAGAAGAUGCCUAAAGGCGCAGCGCUCCACAUCCACAGCUCGUCCCUGGUGAGCGCCGAGUGGCUGGUCAAAAACGUCACCUACAGACCCCACUGCUACAUCUGCUUCACCUGGGACAACUCGGUGCGUUUCCUGUUCUCCAACCGGCAGCCGUUCCCUCGAUGGGACUGCUUCUACUGGCAGCUGCUGGAGUCGCUGAGAGCCCGCAUAGAGGACAAUGUAGGGUUUGACAACAGCUUAAUGCAGCACCUAACGCUGUUCACAGAGGAUCCUGACGGUGAAUAUCCAAACCAGGAUGUCGUGUGGGAGAAGUUUGAGAAGGCCUUCAUCGCAGCUGCAGGGUUGGUCACCCACGCUCCUGUUCUGAGGGACUACAUCUACCAGGGCUUAGAGGAGCUUCACAAAGACAACAUCAUGUAUCUGGAGCUGAGGAGUGGUCUGUCGAGGACGUACGAGCUUGAUGGAGCCAUUCACGACAAGACCUGGACUCUGAAGAUGUUCAAGGAGGUCACAUCAAAGUUCAAAGAAACCCAUCCAGAGUUUUUCGGAGCUCGCGUCAUAAUUUCUGUCCACAGGGCUCUGAGUGUGUCUGAGGUCAGAGCUGCUGUGACCGAGGCCAUCCAGCUGAAAAAGGACUUCCCAGAUGUGGUUGCAGGUUUUGACAUGGUUGGCAGGGAGAACAGUGGGGGGACGCUGUGGUACUUCAGAGAAGCACUUUCCCUUCCUGCAGAACUGGGCGCAUCGCUGCCAUACUUCUUUCAUGCAGGGGAGACGGAUGAUGAGGGCACCGAUGUAGACCAAAAUAUUCUGGAUGCUCUUCUCUUCAACACCACUCGGAUCGGCCACGGCUACGCUCUGGCGCACCAUCCUCUCGCAAAGGAGCUUUCUAGGAAAAGGAACGUAGCUGUGGAGCUUUGCCCCAUCUCCAACCAGGUGCUGAAGCUGGUGUCGGAUCUGAGGAACCACCCGGCGGCCACGCUGAUGUCGGAGGGCCACCCGCUGGUGAUCAGCUCAGAUGACCCGUCUCUGUUCGGCACCAGCGGACUCUCCUACGACUUUUACGAAGCCUUCGUGGGCAUCGGAGGCCUGAAGGCGAACCUGGGCACGCUGAAAGAGCUGGCGGUCAACUCCAUCAGGUUCAGCUCCCUGCCGGCUCACCUUAAGGACAGCGCUGUCGCCAUGUGGCAGAACAAAUGGGACGCCUUCGUCGGCGAUAAUUCAUGACCGUCCAAUCAGAAACGAUCCUGUUUGACUUGAACCACAAACUGAAGAAAGUAGGAUGUCGCAACAGCGGACUUUCCGUCUUUAAGCCCAAGUUUAAUGAAGCACUUGCAGGUCAGCAUUCACAGUACCUGGUUCUCUGAAACAAUGUGCAUUUUAUGCGCCGUAUCGCUGUCGAUGACAUGUUGUAUCGUCCAUCGCUGGCCGCUGCACUGCUGAAGAACGAGCUUGAAGUACAGCCCUCCUAAUGCAACUUCCAAACAUCUCUUGGUGUCUCUGUUCUGGAUCUGUCCUCCCUGUGAAUAAAAUCAUUUAACUUCCCUCCAGGCAAACCA